CUUUGAAGAAAUCCCCCAUUUGCAAACAAAUAAUACGGAAAUGAAACAAGAGUAAAUAUGAAGUACAGUUUUGCGCUGAAUUCUAGGUAAUCUUGACAACAUCAUGGCAUACAUGGACUCUGUUCAAGGUUGGUUGUCAGAAAUUCGACUGAUGACAGAGACAGAAUGUAUGUCUGUACUUCAAGGGAAAUCACUUUCACAAGACUUACAGCAAAGUUCUACGACUCUUAUUAAAUGUGGAAUAGAUGCAAUAAGGAAUCAAUCACAUGUGAUCAGUAAUGAGUUCUCCAAACUGUUCAAGUGUGUAGAGGGUGAGAAAUGGCGACACCUACAGCCACUGACGGUUCAAGUUACAUGUCACAUACGAUCUCUGAUACAGGAGUGUAACAAGUGUCUUCAUCAUACACCCAACUUUAUUUUGGAGCAACAAGAGAUUGUUAUGGGAGAAUGUGCCAAGCUUGCCCAACAAGUGGAAACAUGUAUGUCAACAAAACCACAGAUGAGUGCUGUGAAGAUACCUCUGGUAAACCAGUUGACAUUUCUUGGUCAGUCGUUCAGUAGACUGGUUGAUAUGGCUUUAGGUUAUCUAGUCCAGAAAAUUGUAGAGACAUUAGAUGAGUCCCACACACCACUUGCCUUGACAAGCUGUAUCAGCACGGUCAUAAGUCUGGGUCUGGAAGGAGAACACAUGUGCUAUAUUCUGUCCAGGGAGGGUUGCAUCAGAGCACUGUUUGAAAUAGCACGGACAGAUACUCUCGAGUUUGCUCACGUACAGUCAUUGAGAGCGCUGGCAACUAUUUGUUGUGUGGCCGAGUCUAUACUGGAACUGGAGAAGGAAGGGGGCAUUGAUAGUUUAACAGAUAUUUUAUGUGAUAAGACGAUCUCAGAAGCGGUACGAGGAGAAGCUGCGGGCGUGGUGGCACAGAUUACCUCCCCUUGUCUGGACAAUUUCCAGCAUAUCUCAGGUUUCUUGGAAAAUGUACAGGAUCUCUUAAGUGCUUUAAUUAACUUGUGCUAUACCACAGCUUCACACGAGACAUUCCUGUUGGCGGCAGCAGCUAUAGCUAACAUCACAUUCAUGGACAGUCAGGCCUGUGAUGUAUUACAACAGUUAGAUGCUCCUCGACUUCUCAUACAGGCUUCGGCCACACCCAAAGCUAAAUCAUUGUUUGUCAAAGAUCAGAUAGCAACAGUAUUAGCCAACAUGGCAACCACAGGGUCAUCUCGCAGGGACAUUAUUGCAUACAAUGGUAUUCCAUUACUCAUCAACUUUUUACAACAACGACCGUCUCAGUACAAGCAGGAGGCAGAGAUCUCAGCAUGUGAGAGGUUACAGCAGAAAGCUGCCAUCGCUCUCACACGAUUAUGUAAAGAUGAAGUCACGGCUAAUGUUAUUGUGGAUUUACAAGGAGUACCAAGACUGGUUCAGUUAUGUAGGAGUGUGGAAGAAAGAAACAACAGUGAUGCUGUACUAGUAGCUAGCCUGGCAGCGUUGAGAAAGAUUUGUGCUUUAUGCCCGUGUCCUGAGAUGACCACUGUAGAUUAUCACCAGCUCAUUAAGCCCAGGCUUAUGGAUUCUUUCUUAAUGUGCUCACGUACUGAUGAAAACUUUGUCUGAAACAAAAAGCAUAUCAAUAAAACAAAUGUUAUGUA